UGGUUUCACAGUUCAUGAUGGAGUUACAAGGGCUGAAGACCGUGGAUGGGGAGGACCCACCGAGGAUACUUCAUCUCAAUCCGCGUUUGAAAGGGGAUUGGAGUGGAAGGCCAGUGAUUGAGCAGAACACGUGUUACCGGAUGCAAUGGGGAGCUGCAAUGAGGUGUGAUGGAUUAAUGUCCAAGGCUGAUGAGGAGACCGUUGAUGGGCAGGUGAAAUGUGAGAAGUGGAUUCGCGAUGAUGAUAAUCGCUCUGAGGAAUCAAAGGCCACAUGGUGGAUAAAUAGGCUGAUUGGCAGGACAAAGAAGAAGGUUUCAAUUGACUGGCCCUACCCCUUCGCAGAGAACAAACUGUUUGUACUGACUGUCAGUGCCGGGCUGGAAGGUUAUCAUAUCCAAGUAGACGGGAGGCAUGUUUCUUCAUUCCCAUAUCGCACUGGGUUUACUCUUGAGGAUGCAACAGGAUUAUCACUGAAGGGGGAUGUCGAUGUGCAUUCCAUAUUUGUGGGUUCCUUACCCUCAACACAUCCAAGUUUUGCUCCUCAGAGGCACUUGGAAAUGUUGCCAAGAUGGCGGGCCCCGCCUUUUCCCGUGGGACCCGUGGAACUCUUUAUUGGAAUCCUUUCUGCUGGCAAUCAUUUUGCUGAGCGCAUGGCUGUGAGAAAAUCAUGGAUGCAGCAUGCAUCAAUUAGGUCUUUGCAUGUCGUUGCCCGCUUUUUCGUUGCAAUGCACAGAAGACAAGAAAUAAAUAUGGAACUUAUGAAGGAAGCGGACUUUUUUGGAGAUAUUGUUAUAGUGCCGUACCUGGAUAAUUACGACCUCGUGGUAUUGAAAACAGUGGCAAUCUGCGAAUAUGGGGUCCGUACAGUGGCUUCAAAGUAUAUAAUGAAGUGUGAUGAUGAUACAUUUGUAAGGAUAGAUGCUGUCAUGAAUGAAGUUAAGAAAGUUCGUCACGGUAGAAGCCUUUAUGUUGGAAACAUUAAUUACUACCAUAAGCCGCUUCGCCAUGGUAAAUGGGCAGUCACCUAUGAGGAAUGGCCAGAAGAAGAUUAUCCACCCUAUGCAAACGGGCCUGGAUAUGUCAUCUCGACUGACAUUGCACAAUCUAUAGUCUCUGAUUUUGAGCAACACAAGUUGAGGCUGUUCAAGAUGGAAGACGUGAGCAUGGGAAUGUGGGUGGAGAGGUUGAACAACACGAGGAAGACAGGGGUGGAGUAUGUCCACAGCUUGAAGUUCUGUCAGUUUGGAUGCAUAGAAGAUUAUACCACCGCUCAUUAUCAAUCUCCAAAGCAAAUGAUUUGUCUUUGGGGUAAACUACAGAGUCAAGGUAAAGCCUACUGCUGCAAUGUUAGAUGACAGACAGAUACACAUUUUUGUGCCUUUGUAAAUAUAGUUUGAUUAAGAAGAUCGUUAGUUAGCAACUCACGUCCAUUCAUUCUUUGAACCUGCUAUUUAUUCUUUGUUUCACCUUUUUGGUUGGUCCCCAUAUUCUAUUGUUUGUUGCCUGUUUAGAUUGGUUAAGGGUGCACAUUUAUUACUACCUAUGUCCCAUAAUUAACUUCUCAGUUAACUAUUAAGGUCAAACUUUGUUAACUUUGAUGCUUAAUUAUUUAAAACAUACAUUAUAAUAUUAAAUUACUUUUGCAUUAGUUGUUCAUACAUAUCAUUGAACUGUUAAUUUAUUAUAAAUUUCAUAAGCACAUAUUUUUGAAUAAUAUUGAUCAACAUUAACCAAGUUUGACCUCAAAAGUCAAACUUAGAAGUUAGUUUUGGGACGAAGGAAGUACGUAAUUGUUGUUGUUGUUGUGGUUAAUAUUACUCCGUAUUAUAUUACUACUAUGGUUGUUAUUACUA